AUGGGGGCGACGCCGGCGCAGGAGGCGGCGUACCUCGAGCACUGGCGCCAGAUACGGCUGGUCGAGGAGCGCCGCGACGGCGAGUACCUCAAGAUGCUCGAGCGCGACGCCGAGGACGAGCAGCGCGAGGCCGAGGAGGAGGCGCGCCAGACUGCGCCGGCCCAGGCGGCGGCACAGCCCAUGGCGGCACGGCCCGCGCCCGACAUGAACGCGCUCUGGAACACGACAUUCCACUGGGGCCCGCUCCUGCCCCCCGCCCCGCCACGAACCUUCCCGAAGCCGCCGCCGCCGCCGCCACCGCCACCAGAACCGACCGGAGCCGACGCGCCGCACCCCACCCCACCCCACCCCACCCCAUGGACGAGCACGACGCGCCCUCCAAGACCGGCGCCGGCGCCACGAAGUUCCCGCCGGCAAAGCGCGGCCGCGACGCCCGCUCUCCCCAGGAUGCACAGCCCCACAAGGAGAGGUCCUCGAGUUCCAGAGACAGAAACCGGGACAGGGAGAGCAUCCGUGAACGUUGUGACUGGAGAAGGGAUCAGGAGCGCCACCAUCACGAGCACGGUUAAAGGAGUGAGAGAAGGGAGCACCCUGACUGUUUCGAUCAGCAUGACUACCAUGGGAGCUGUGGUCCUGACGCUGAAAGAAGGGACGGUGAUAGAGAUGGCCACAGAAGGCAUCGCUCCCGCUCCCGUUCAGAGUCACACCAAGCAGGUGAUACUAAGUGACGCUAUGAAACCAUCAGAAGCCAUUCUUGUACCUGCUCCAGCUGCAACCCCAGAUCAGCCACAUAGACUUCCUGCUGCUAAUCCUGGGAUGAUCCCAAGCAACAGCAAGCAGGUGAGAUUAAGUGACGCUAUGAAACCAUCAGAAGCCAUUCUUGUACCUGCUCCAGCUGCAACCCCAGGUCAGCCACAUAGACUUCCUGCUGCUAAUCCUGGGAUGAUCCCAAGCAACAGCAAGCAGGUGAGACUAAGUGACGCUAUGAAACCAUCAGAAGCCAUUCUUGUACCUGCUCCAGCUGCAACCCCAGGUCAGCCACAUAGACUUCCUGCUGCUAAUCCUGGGAUGAUCCCAAGCAUGGCCCCAAACAUCAACUUACCUGCCCUAGGACAGCCACUAGCCAUGACACGGACCGCUCGGCGUGUUUACGUCGGUGGAAUUCCUCCAAUCGCCAAUGAACAGACGGUAGCCCAAUUCUUCAACCAAGUUAUGGCUGCUAUCAAAGGGAACACAUCUGGCCUAGGUAAUGCGGUUGUUAAUGUGCACCUAAACAAUGAGAAGAAAUUUGCUUUUGUUGAAAUGAGGUCUGUGGAGGAAGCAAGCAAUGCAAUGGCCUUGGAUGGUAUAAUGUUCGAGGGAGCAAGAGUUAAAGUUAGGAGGCCAACAGACUACAACCCUUCCCAGGCAGCUGCAUUGGGUCCGAGCCAGCCCAAUCCCAACCUCAAUCUUGCUGCUGUUCACUUGCCUAGACAGGUAACCCGGCGCAGGCCGUGAUCCCAUGGCUCAUCCCAGCGGUGAUCCUGUCGUCGGCAAGGUGUUUUUGGAGUAUGGAUGUGGAGAGAUUGGCUAGGGCGAGACCUUGCUGAAGGAGACUGACUAUUUAGCAACAUAUCUUACCAAGAUUUACUUGGCACUUGCUUGUUACAAUAGUUCGUCCAAAUUUUCAUGUUGGUGGUAUGAUUGUGGCAUCGCAUGGUCUGAUAUAAACACUGCAUUGAGGUCUAAUUUUCAUUCUGGUCCGGUGCGUUGGAAAUUUCAUGAAUAAACCUAGUUGCAUUAAAGAGGUAGCAAGGCAUGGCAUCUAACAGCUUGUGCCAUAUAUACGAUUAAAAUCAAAAAGAGUGUUGGUUUCGUCA